AUGGCCUUGUCCCUUCUUCGCAUCCGUCGCCCUCUCUCGAUAGAGGCUCAUCUCAGUCAACUUCAAUCAACAACCGAUACCGAGACCGGGUUCAUUUCCACAACCUUCCUAGGGCGGCGCUUCACUCUUGACUCCCUGGUAGCAAAGAAGGGAUCGAGAGGGCGCUCGAGCUGGGUCAAGGAUCAUGGGAUCUUCGUCAGAGAGCUCCUCUCUGGCGAUACUCUUGGUAUGGUCGCUACCCUUACGCGUGCGAUAUCCUAA